UCUAGGAGCGGGGCUGUGGGCGCCAGCGCUGAGGUGACGGUGACCAUGGCGGACCAUGAGGCGGGGGUCGCGCCCAAGCCCCGGCGGGUGCAAGAUGACUCUGAUAGUGGCCUUGGCCUGUGUGGAUGGAUCCUGGUGAUCACUUCCCUCUUCUUCACUGUUAUCACAUUUCCUAUAUCCAUCUGGAUGUGCAUAAAGAUUAUAAAGGAGUACGAGCGAGCCAUCAUAUUCAGACUUGGACGCAUCCUUAAAGGGGGAGCAAAGGGACCAGGCUUGUUUUUUGUCCUGCCCUGCACAGACAGCUUCAUCAAAGUUGAUAUGAGGACCAUCUCUUUCGAUAUUCCUCCCCAAGAGAUCUUGACCAAGGACUCUGUGACAGUGAACGUGGAUGGAGUGGUUUAUUACAGAGUUCAGAACGCCACCCUUGCGGUGGCAAACAUCACAAAUGCUGACUCAGCCACACGUCUUUUAGCACAGACAACUCUGAGGAAUGUUCUGGGGACCAAAAACCUCUCCCAGAUUCUCUCUGAUCGUGAAGAGAUCGCACACAGCAUGCAGGCCACACUUGAUGAGGCAACAGAUGACUGGGGCAUUAAGGUGGAACGUGUGGAGAUCAAGGAUGUGAAAUUACCUAUCCAGCUGCAGAGAGCAAUGGCUGCAGAAGCUGAAGCUGCCCGUGAGGCCAGAGCCAAGGUCAUUGCAGCUGAGGGGGAAAUGAAUGCUUCCAGGGCCCUGAAAGAGGCGUCCAUGGUUAUCACAGAGUCCCCGGCUGCUCUUCAGCUUCGUUACUUGCAGACCUUGACCACCAUUGCUGCAGAAAAGAACUCCACCAUCGUCUUCCCAUUGCCCAUAAACAUGCUGCAGGGCCUCAUAGGUGCCAAUCGCUAGGUAGGGUGGGCUUUUUGCUAUAGCAAAUGUUUGCAGUGCUGAAUUCCAUGUGUAUCAUAGCUUAUGGUGGUGUUACAGUGGAUUUACUGAGGAACCUGUUUUGUUGUAUGAAGUAUGUUAUAAAACUUACAUGUAAUGUUUGUGACUGGACACUCAGACUAUCUGAAAAUGUCUCAAAGCAAAUACAAGCAAAUUGUGAUCUUAAAUAAGCAGGUAUCCAUAUACUCUCUUAACCUGCAAUCUCCCACUUCUGAACAGUAUAUGAAUCCAUUUGUGGUGACAAUCCAGCAUCUAGAGGGAGGACUAUUCCUCUUAACUGAACUUGUCUGUAGCCCUGCAGGGGAAGUGGAACAGCCCUAACUUCUCUUGGAGUGUAGCUGCAUGCAGGAAGUUACCGGAUUGCUGUGGUGUGAAUUGGUCCUUAACACAGGAGAAGUAAUGAAAGUUGGCAUAGGAAAGUACUGGGUACUUCUGAAAAUCAGGCCCAUGCUCUCUAAAAUAGUUCCCCAUUCCCGAGAACUUUCCAUCUCUGAAAUGGAAUAACUAUGCUGUAGUUACGGAUACAACAUACUUGCAGUCCCUGAGGGCUGCUCUGUUGUUACAGUGAUGUGCCUAUGUUGAUUUGUGCUGAAAAAGUCAUUGGGUCUGUCUUAAAGAUGUUUUUUAAAGGCCAAAGUACUGAUUCCUGCUUGUACCUGGGUCUGAAACCUCAGUUCUGUAGGAGGUGGGAUCUCUCUGAUUAGUGGGCUGUGGUGAUGUUUAACUAAAGAUGUUGUACUGUUGAUAUAUCUGUCUAACAAAUUAGCGAUUUCCCUGUUGACGCUGCUUCUGAGCAGACCUGUAGUAUCUGUUGUAACACCAAGGGCUUGUACUUCAAGCCAAAAGCAUGUAAUCUUCAGUUCACAUAGUCUUGAGCAGUAAGUCUGCUAAACUGUAUUCAUGUUGUGUGCCUUGUUAGUAGAUGUAAUUACAGAUUAAAAUGAGAAGAACUAGAGCUGCAAGAGGGAGGAGGGGGCUCUGGGCUGCCACCAUCACUGAGUUUGGCAUCUGGUCUUUGAUUACUGGGAUGUGACAGUGAAAACAAAAAGUCAACCUCAGUGAUAACUAGUGCCCUUCUCACACUGGUCACCACAGAGCUCCUAACUUGGUUUUUUAUCCCCUUUCUGCUGCAGUCUAUUCUGUAUUUACGGGUAUUUAAGGUGCGUUUACCUGUGCCUUGACACUCUGUGCCUUUGUCACUGUUAGGAAAGGGGCUGGAGCUACUUGGUGCUGUUGCUGUUCUGCAAAGGUUUUUCCCUUCCUCUGCACCGCACAAACACUGUACCAGUCUGCAUGUGUGUCAGUGCUUCAGUUAGCGUAAGCUGAGCUCCACUCCUUGCUGGGAUGGGGGGAGAAAGACAAUUAACAAAGCUGUAAUGAUGAAUGUUACCGGGCUCACACGUGCUUGCAGUGGGGAACAAGUAACUGCACAGCUGGAGGCUAAUCCCUGGGGAAGGGCAGUGAUGCCGUAACUCCUGCUGGUGCUGCUGUCACUGGCCACCCCUGUGAAUUGUUGACAACAGGAGCACACUUUUUGCUCCCAUCCUGAAUAAAAACCCGUGCUGUUUA